AGGGAAGAUUGGGCACGAAAUUGAGCCCACUGUAGUAUACUCAGCGUUAUUAAAAAUAAAAAAGUAUUGAAAAUUUUUUGAAAUACUUUCCCUAAAAAUUCAGUAAAAUGUGAGUUGUAUUAUUUUGUAUUCGUUGGUGGUGGAAUUUAGUAUAUUUAUAAGUAUGUGUAUUAAAAAUUACGGUUGAAUUUUGUGUAGAAAAUGUCUCAAAAUGUAAGUAAUGAUGGCGACUACGGGCGAUGUUUUCAGUUUUGGCAAGAACUGGUCGAUUGUUUUGGAAAACAUGGUAGAUACGGGCAGCACACAAAAUGUGUUCAACAAAAAGAGGAUUAUGACGAGUGUCUCCAUCAUAGAAAACUGGUUAGUUCUGCAGAUUUUACGAUAUCAUUAUCAUGCAUUUUUACCAGGGGGGGGGGAAUAUGCACCAAUUCAUACCCUACACCCCCUGGAAAAAGUCAAAGUUUAUAUGGCAGUGUGUAUCUGGUGUUGCAGUAUUGAGAAAAUACCGAAAACAGAUAUAUAAAUAAAAAUUGAUAUUGGGUCAUUCCAGAAAUCCAUACCUCCCCUGCAAAGGAAAUUGGAAGUUGUUAGAAAGAAAUUUUUCUCCCCUUCAGACAGAAAUAUCCUCCGUAGGCGAGGGUGUAGACUUGGUUCAAGUACGUCUCUCAAGGGGAUGGAAAUAGCGAUCCUUGCAAAUGGUCAAAAAAGGCGUGAAAAUAUGAGAGGAAAAGUAGGGAGAGACGGACUUGGAUACCCUGCAAGUGCGCCAAAUUUUACCGUCGGAUUUUUCCUACGGAUGCGUGGCUUGCGAGUUGAGAACAACAACAAAUUUUCACGCCAAUUUUUGCAACUAUAACAUUCGAAAUGCUGCAAAUGUCCCAAGUCCGUCUCUCCCUACUUUUCUCGUGAGACGGACUUGAACCAAGUCUAGGGAGGGUGUAGAUCUUUUCUGGAGUGAGCCAAUGUGUCAAAGUUCAUGAUCAUUGAUAAUCUUCUAUUUCUAGUCAGCGAGAUUGGAAAGAAUAAGAGAAGAGAAAAGCAAGCUGAUCAAAGAAGGAAAAUGGCCUCAGUAGUGUAGUUUGUCACAUUAAAAUAUAAACUAGAUAAACUUGUAUAUAUUUGUUAAAAAAGUUCAAUAAAAUUGUUUGUUACAUCAUGAGUGAAACUAUAUUGUAAAUUAUCUAAUAAAUGCCCACUCUCUAAUAAAUGCAAUGUAUUUAACCCAUUAUGUGGCGCAUGCCAUAUCUAAGAGAUUAUAAAUGGCACUGUGUUGCAGUAGUAGAUGCCUCAUAUAUCUAACGGACACUCACAUACAGCUAUUUCAAUUAAGGUUAUCCACAAGCAAUGUGGAAAAGUUGAAUACGAGCGCGAAAGGCUGCUGGGAAUCGCUAACAAAUUAACGAAUUUUCAUAGCGAUUCCCAGCAGCCUUUUGCGCUCGUAUUCAAUUUUUCCGCUUUGCACGUGGACAACCUUAAAUGAAAUAGUUGUAUGUACAACAAAUUUUCAAACAAAGGGCCUUUCCAUGAAAAAGUUGAAGUAUUUUCUAUUUUUCAGGCAGUUCCAAAAUUCAUGGGGAAAAUGUCAAAAAAUGGUUUGCCCUUUAAUAUCAUAUCAUUUACAAAAUUCUAUUUUUACUUGCCCUUUGCUCAUAAGAAAUCUCAAAAGUUACACUAAAAAAACAGUCAAAAUUAUAUAACGAUGCUCUCUCUGAAUAAAAUAUCAAUAUAACAAUUCUUUAAAAAAUACACAUUAUAUUUAUCAUGAUUAUAAUUUUUCUUCGUCACUGCCAGAAGAAUAUGAUUUAGUUCUGAAAUUUGUCUGCGAGUUCACUCGAAUUCGCACGUCAUUGUUACCAAAAAAGACAUCUUCAUCGUCUGAAGGUUUGGGAGAAGUGAAACUGAUGGUACUGCUUCGAUCAAUCGAGGCUGGCAGCUCGUCUUUUAUCAUGUUGAUUUUUGUACGAAGACUCGAGAAUUGACGCAUCAGAGACUGAUCCUGAGAUUUCAAAGUGUUCUAAAAUAU